CUCGGGCGUAGUGCUGAGCCGCGGUCCGGUCCUCGGAAGUGUCGCGGCCAUGUGAGGAAUAAAAACAGGAUAGAAACUCGGUUCUACUGCGAGGCUCUGGAGACAGACGGUUUUGGGAUUGAAAAGUGAAAAAAAUCUGUGAGGACCUUGAAGUCAAACAAAAGAACCAGAGAAGAAGAAGAAGAAGACGUUUGUGAAGAAGAAGAAGGAAAAACAAACAAAAGAGCCAAGAUGGGGAGGAAAAAGAUUCAGAUAGCUCGGAUUAUGGACGAACGGAACAGACACGUGACGUUCACCAAGCGUAAGUUCGGCCUGAUGAAGAAGGCCUACGAGCUGAGCGUGUUGUGUGACUGUGAGAUCGCCCUCAUCAUCUUCAACAGCACCAACAAGCUGUUCCAGUACGCCAGCACCGACAUGGACAAAGUACUGCUCAAGUACACCGAGUACAACGAGCCCCACGAGAGCCGGACCAACUCCGACAUCGUGGAUACGCUGCGUAAAAAGGGUUUAAACGGCUGCGACAGUCCCGACAUCGAGGCCGACGACUCUGCGGGUCAGAGCCCAGAGUCCGACGACAAGUACCGGAAGAUCAACGAGGACAUCGACCUGAUGAUCAACAGACAGAGGCUCUGUCAGGGUCUGGUUCCCUCCAGCUACGACAUGGGCGUCUCCAUCCCUCCCAGUACUCCCAGUGGUCUGCUGUACUCCCACCCCGGGAUCAACUGUGGGUUAGGAAACCACAACCUGCUGCCCAUCUCUCACACACACACACACACCUCUCUGCAGAGAAACAGCAUGUCGCCUCAGAGGCCCUCCAGCGCCGGAAACGCAGGACUGAUGGGCUCAGAGCUGCAGACGUCUGUGGUCUCCACUGUGGGUAACGGUGUCUACAGUACCCACUGCUCCUCUCCUGGUCUUCUGUCUCCAGGAGUCUCUAAGAGCCUUCAGGAGAAGAGUCCUCCUCCAAUGAGCAUGAGCCGUAAGCCCGACCUCCGCACGCUGAUGCCCCCCAACAAGUGCAACAUGGCCCCCAUCAACCAGAGGAUAAAUCACUCUCAGUCGGCUCAGACGUUGUCGUCUCCGGCCGUCUCCCUCUCUGCUCAGACUCUACCUGGACAGCUGAUGGGCGGUUAUCCGUCCACGCUGUCCUCUUCUUAUGGAACAGAGUUCCUCAGCAGCGACCUGUCCUCUCUGUCCGGGUUCGGAGGUUCUGGUCUCGGAUCGGUAACAAGCUGGCAGCAACAGCAGAUACAGAACCUUCAGCACUCAGCACUCGGACACAUGGGGACUUUGUGUCAGACCUCCAACCUGAACCUCUCCUCCGGCCACCACCCGAACCUCCAUAUCAAGUCCGAGCCGGUCCCCCCCAGAGACCGGGGCGUCGGCAUGAUGGGCGCCGGCCUCAUCGGAGGAGGAGGAGGAGUAGGAGGAGGAGCGACCACGCUUGGUUACGCCACCGCCGCGGGCCUCCCCGGCGACAGCGCCUCCAGCUGCGGGAGCUCGUACGAAGGCAGCGAGGAGCGCGAGGAUCACCACGGCAACUUCCUCCUCCAGCCGCUGCCCACGCACGAGGAGCGCCACAGCCCGUCGGUGAAACGGAUGAGGCUAGCGGAGGGCUGGGCCACAUGAUGGGAGGCGUCUG